ACCAGGGCUGUCGGCACACGGGACACACCGACAGCCCCGCACACAGACACCAUUACUUUUGUUUUUUAAAGGCAUUUUUUCUGGUGUUUUGUCAGCCUUCGCACCAUGAGCUGCAGCAGUGUGGCCGGCUCAGAGUUCUCUGAGGAAGAGUUGGAACUGUGCACUUUGGGCCAAGGAGAACAAGAGGGAAGUCCUAAAGGAUCCUUCCAGGACAGCGAGAGCUCUACCAGCAGCCCCAGUGAAGCAGAGGAAGGCCAGACCAAGAAGCGCAACCGCCCAGUGCGCUCCAAAGCUCGGAGGAUGGCGGCUAACGUCCGUGAGCGCAAACGCAUCAUGGACUACAACCAGGCCUUCAAUGCCCUAAGGGUCGCACUUAACCAUGACCUCAGCGGAAAGCGCCUGUCCAAGAUCGCCACUUUGCAGAAAGCCAUCAACCGCAUCUCUGCACUGUCUGUGUACCUGAGCUCCAACCCACCCGGUAAACCAUGUAGUCACCGGGAGUGUAACCGCAGCUCAGGGGCCUCUCGCACAGAGCAGAACCGGGCCCCUGGGCCCCGAGUGGAGCAGCAGAACUAUGUCCCCUGGCACGUGCCCAUGCCUCAUCAGAGAGCACAGCCAGUGUCUCACCUGCACAGGUUACCCACUGAACCUCAUGUUUACAUGGACACCUCAGGGUCCUCGUGCCCUCCAUCUCCACACUACCCCUGCUACCCUCCAGAAGCACAGCUCUACCCCACACACGGACACUGUGGAAGCCCCCACGAGCACCCACCCAGCCCCCUCAGGUACUCACAAGCUGGGGAAAGUCUGGGCUACCAGUCUGCAGUCUGGGCCUCAUGUACACAAGGAUACAUAGAUCAGUUUGUAGAACCAGCGCCAGGGCUUCACUGGCCUGUGGGCUACCUGCAGGAGCCCGAGCACAGUCUGUCAUUGUGUGCAGAGAUACUUUAACACUAUGCACUGUGAACUCUCUGUGCAAACACUCAUCAGGGUCCUUUCAGUGUCCUGUCAGUGUUCUACAGGAGUGUGCACUGAGAAGCACAGGGCCGGACUGUGAACCACUGAACUGAGUGAUGUUGACAGAUACAUGUGAAACAAUGGCAUCUAGACCACAGAAUGUUGUAAAUGCUGCAGAACUGCACGCUGUUCACUGAUGAUGUCUUGUUUUUUGUUUUUUUUAAUCACCUGAACAGCU